AUGCCGACGAGGUUGCACAAGAACCGCAAGAAGCGCGGCCACGUGUCCGCGGGUCACGGCCGCAUCGGUAAGCACCGCAAGCACCCGGCGGGUCGCGGUAUGGCUGGUGGUCAGCACCAUCAUAGAAUCAUGAUGGACAAGUAUCACCCGGGUUACUUCGGUAAGGUUGGUAUGCGUCACUUCCACAAGCUUAAGAACCAAACCGUCUGCCCGACGAUCAACAUCGACAAGCUGUGGACGCUCGUCGGUACGGAGAAGCGUGAGGAAUGCGCGAAGAACACGUCCCAGGCGCCGGUGAUCGACCUCACGGACCACGGCAUCUUCAAGCUCCUCGGUAAGGGCCAGCUCCCGAACCAACCGGUUGUUGUGAAGUGCCGAUACAUUAGCAAACUCGCCGAGAAGAAGAUCAAGGAGGUUGGCGGUGCGUGCAUCCUCACCGCGUAA